CAAAUAUCUGAAAUAAAACAAGACAAACCAUAAUAGUUGUUAAUCAUUAAUAAUAUUAAUUUUCAUAACAAUAUCAAUAGUAAGAAACCAUUACAAUAAUAAUGGUUGGUUAACUAAGUACCUAACAAUACAGCUUUUUUUCUUCUUUAGGUGAUCAAGUAAAGGCAAAGUGGAAGAACCUUCGUGAUACUUUCCGAAAUGAGUUGAAAAAAUGUAAUAAACAACGUUCUGGAGACAAGGGUGACUCCGUUUAUCAGCCAACGUGGCCAUGGUUUGAAGCAAUGAGUUUCUUAAAAGACAUUAUGACUCCGCGGAGGAUGUUAUCAAAUUUGUCACAAGAACAUGAGGUGGAAUGUGAAGAAUCUGAUGACUCCUCUGUUGUCUCAAUUGAUCCAGGUCGCUGCCCAUCCGGACCUGGCAUUGACACUGACAACAUACAGAGUGGUAAUUCUUCGUCAGACACUUCAGAACUCCAUGGUUCAAUGCCUCCACCCACAGAAAGACCACUGAAGAAACAGAGGAAAGUUAAUGAUUUGGAACUACUCAACAUCGAAAAGGAAAAGUUGAAGCUAAUUGAAAGACAAAUUUCUAGUGCUGAAAACCAUGACGACAAUUAUCAUUUCGUUAUGAGUUUACUGCCCAUGAUGCGAAAACUUUCACCCGAAGCUCAACUGAGAACAAGAAUUAAAAUGCAAGAAGUUCUCCUCAAAGAAAUACAUGAUCAAACCAGCAUGGCUUCAUAUUUCUCUUCCUUCUCGGUAAAUGAAGAGCCAAGGUCUUCCCAGUCUGCCUUCUCUCCGGACUUCAUACAGUUAAGGUAAAGUGUUUUUUUUUUGUGUUGAAAAAGUUUUUUGUAUUUUUUUGUACAACAUGUUACUAGUACUUGAAAAUUCUAUAUGUACAUACCUAAAAUGUAACAAAAUUAACGAACUUGCCUUCAUUUUUUUGUAAAU